CGUGUUGUUACCGGAGGUGAAAUGCAAGCGUUCUGAGGCCGUAUUUUUAUCAAACAAUUACUGAAUAAAAUCGUCCAGCGUCGCUUAUCGCACUCCGUUUCAUAGGCAGAUUAUUGCAUUUACCAUGAACAGGUAGCGUAGUAACGUCCACGACUGAAAGAGCGAAGACCAUAACGAUCGGUGCAGAUAUUCAAUGUGCUGAUAGGGCUCGGCUUCUUCCUCGUGGUAGACAUUAGUAGCAAACAGAAUGGAAGAUGAAGAUGAUCCCGUCGUGGAGGAGAUCCCUGUACAUCUGUCGAAAGCGCUAGCGGAGAACUUGUACCUCCUUCAGUAUCCGCUAAAGUCCGCGACUGCAACGUUCGAUGACGGCCGGGUGGUGAAUUGUUGCGUGAAACCCAUCAAUCAACAGAUAAAGGUAGACUAUGCGCUAAACACAUCAUCGAAAAACUAUGAUGCCUUCAAGGGGGAACAAUUUGCACUGGCCGCCGAUGGGAAGCAGCGGGACAAAGCUCAAAAGCUAACGUUCCGCAGCGGAACUAUGGAUAAGCAAUCGUUUCUGAGCACGAAACCGAUCGAGGAUGUGAGCCGGUACUUGGUGUGCGUCAUCCAGGACGGGGAGAUGCACGCGACUCCGCUCAAGGGUAUCGUAUUGAUGCGGCAGUUGUUCUCCUACUUUGACAAGCAAGACAAGCGCACAAAGGCGGAACAGAAGGCCGAACAGGAUGCGGACGGUGCUGCAGAGGAUGAGGAACUGACGCAAGUGACCGUCAAGUUUGCACGGUUGGAAAAUGAAAAGGUGCGCAAGGCGCGUGAGAAAUCCUUCAACUAUCUCUCUAAGAUGGAAGCAGAAGAACCGUGGUGUGAAACGUUUUGGCACGAGAAGUCUUCCGCUACGGCGGAACUGGAGAGACAGAAGUUGGUCGGUGGUGCCAGCUCUAGUGGAAGCGGACGACUGGAGGCGGAUAAUGCGGCGCUGAACGUGAAACCGGUGGAGUACAUGGAUAUGUUAAUCAGCAAGGAGAAGACGGACCGAAACAUAGAUUCCCUUCUGCCCAGCCAGGUCGUUUGUAUGCACAAACUGAAGCAGCUCACAUUACAGGAACAACUAAAAGUUAUUCUCACCGAUGCGAAAGUAAUUACGUCGCAACAAAUACUCGACCUGCUGCCGGAUCGAACGUUGGCACCGGAGAAGGUGCGUCGAUUGUUGCCCCAGGUCGGUUGGCUGAUACGAGGUAAUUGGGUCGUCCAAUCCGAGUACAUCUACCCGGACGGUAGCGUAUCCGGCACGAAUGGUGUUGCGGCGGAACAGAUGCGCAAGGCACGCGACUACAUUAUGUUCCGCUUUACGAAAUGUGAUAAGCUCGAACGGCACCGGCUGGUAGCGAUAACGCAGCUGCCGGCCGAAGAGAUCCGAGAAAUUUUGUCCACGAUAGCGAAGCUAAAUACGGCCGAUCGCACCUGGAGCAUGCUGUUGCCACCGAAUGAAGGUUUCCAGUGUGUGAACGAACAGGAGAUAAGUGAUCGGCAAGGCGCGUUCUGGACGGCUCGAUCGGACAAAUUCAUCGAGAUGGAACGUGCGUCCACCUCGAAACGGGUACGGAAGCGUUCGACCCGCGACAGUUGCUAGCCAACUGGGAAUCCCUUUCCUCGGGAGCUCACAUCCGAUCCGGGUGGCUGGCCGCUGGAAUCGAGCUACCUGGCAAAUGGUACAGAAAUAGGAAAGAACGAACCCACGCACCGAAAUUAGCUAUUGUAUAGAAUCAGAUAUUUGCUUUACGUUCGUUGAGGGUGGUGCGCAGCAUAGCGGCGAGUCUUUUUUUGUUGUUGUUUUGCGUAAGAUGUUGCCCAUUUCGGAAUGGCGGCUUCCCGAUCCUGCCAAGGCCAAUAUGUUUAAGUUUUUAAUUUAUACGAAAUACACGCAAUCCACUCACGGAAAUAUCGGUAAA